GAGUCCGUAACGCACGAUAACAUAAUCUGUUUUCUCUCACUGAUCCUGGCCAUUGCUGGCAGUGGAGAGAGUGAUGUGAAAAAUAAGUGAAUCAGGGCUUCUGUGUUCUGUCUGUAGACUCCUCCGCGAGCGCUAGUGUUAUCAUGGAAAGUAGUUUUGAUUAAGUAUCCCUUUGUAGAUGAUUAUUAAUUGGAUUUAAAUGUACAUAUGCUAGAUACAGUAUUCAACAAGUUAUUUUUUGUCACGAGUCAUAUUAUAUUCGUCAUAAACAAAUCGUUGCGUCCUUCAGUUUCGGUCAACAAAUAAAUGUCUACAGUCCAAUAUUUCUUUUAGGAAAUUGAUGAUCGGUUUUAUCAACACUACGCGAUGGAUGAAUGCGGUUGAAACAAUAUUCAUAAUCGAAUUUUAAUGUGAGUAUAACAAAAUCAAAUGUUGAGUUGACUAGUGGAGAACUGAAGGAAUUUAACUGUUGUUGGUUAGUGUGCGCGGGAGGGGUACUCAGUUGCAGCUCAGCUCAGGCAUCUGUACCAGGAUCGUCUGGUUUAUUGAAUUCAUGUAACUGUGAACUAUUCUUUCGUAUUGAUGUUAAACUUUAGAUAUAAUUUGUUUCAAAUUGAGUGUCAAAAGGUAUGUACAUAAAGACUGCAGUUUUUUACGAAUGUACUUUAAUGGCAUAUGUUGCAUACAGAUGGUGGACAUUUUGCAAGUUUCGUGCUUUAUGAUACAAGUGCAUCGAGAAUUAUCAAAAUAUAUAUCCAUAAAACUUACUGGAUCAAUUCGCCCUAGUGAUAACACAUAACUGGAUGAUAAAAAUUAUAAGAGUGUGUUGACUGAUGACGUGAGCCGGUGCAGCAUGCGAAUACCGGCACCUGGCUUGGUGCACGUUUUAGUGUGGGCGACAUUGAGUUGGGUCGAGUGUCCGGGUGCGUCGAGCAACAUCGUCAGAACAUUCUCCGAUGACACGGGCACCGAGAGGUUCAAUCACCUGGUGGUGGACAGGAACACCGGCCGCGUGUAUGUGGGCGCCGUCAAUCGCCUCUACCAGCUGUCACCUGAGCUGGAGCGAGUUGUGGUCGAGGUGACCGGCCCCAAGGAUGACUCCAUCGACUGCUCGGUCAUCGAUUGUCCCAGUUCGGCCGUCAAAAAGCCCACCGAUAACGUAAAUAAAGCAUUGGUCAUAGACUACACCACUACAAGAUUGAUACAAUGUGGCAGCUUAUUCCAGGGCAUCUGUUGGGUGCGCGAUCGGCACAACAUCUCGCAUAUCGUACAAGAAGUGAAGGAAGCGGUGGUGGCCAACAAUGCGACUGCUUCAACGGUGGCUUUCAUUGCGCCCGGUCCGCCCAAGCCACCCGUCUCACAGGUCAUGUAUGUCGGGGUCACCUACACCAACAACUCGCCCUACCGAUCCGAAGUGCCCGCCGUCUCAUCGCGCAGCCUCGAACAGGACAAGAUGUUCAUGAUAGCCGAAACAGCCGUCACCACCGGAACUCGAAUGUUCGUCAAUUCGCUAGCUCGUGAACGGUAUCCCAUCCACUAUGUGUACGGAUUUAGCUCGGAAGGCUUCAGCUACUUCCUGACGCAGCAGAUGAAGCACAGCAACCAGUCUCCGUACAUCUCGAAGCUGUUGCGCGUUUGCCACGAUGACGGCAACUAUUACUCGUACACUGAGAUCCCGAUCGAGUGCAUCACAGGCAGUGGCAAGCUGUACAACCUGGUGCAGGCUGGCUAUGUGGGCAAGCCGGGCUCAGACUUGGCCGCCGUGCUUGGCAUCACGGCUCAGGACGACGUGCUCUUCGCUGUCUUCUCGGAGAGUGUGGAACGCGAGGGUGAGGGAUCCAGCAAGCCCAGCAAGCUUAGUGCCCUCUGUGUCUACUCACUCAAGGCCAUUCGUCGCAAGUUCAUGCAGAACAUCAAGACAUGCUUCUCGGGGCAUGGAAACCGUGGACUCGACUUCAUCUCACCUAGCCAUCAGUGCAUUCCCACGAAACUUCAAACAAUCGGAGAGGAUUUUUGUGGAUUGGAUGUGAAUACUCCUCUUGGCGGAGAAACGCCAAUGUCUGUUACACCUGUUCUCACGUUCAAUGCACAUCUGACUGCCGUGGCGGCCACUUCCACUGGAGAUUACACCGUUGUCUUUCUCGGAACCAGUACUGGUCACUUGAAAAAGGUUGUUGUGGAAAAUUCGAACACUGCUACUGAGUAUGGAGAUCUGCUUGUGAAUGAGAACUCGCCAGUCAAUCCAGAUCUGCAUUUUGACAGUCAACUCAUGCAUCUGUAUGUGAUGACUGAGAAAAGGGUGUCCAAAGUGAAAGUACAGGAGUGCAACGUUUAUAAGAAUUGCCUGGAUUGCCUAGGUGCCAAAGAUCCAUAUUGUGGUUGGUGUUCACUCGAGAAUAAAUGCAGCUUGAGAAGUGAUUGCCAAGAUGCAGCUAAGGAUGCUCUCUAUUGGAUCUCUUACAAAAGUGGACGCUGUACUACCAUUACGCAAGUAACACCCAACCAACUGCAGAGAACCACAGCUAGAACCGUAAGAAUGGCACCCUUUCUAGAACUAAAUAGUCUCAAAAGAAAGCAAGCAAUAAUAGUCUCAAUAUUUCAUAGAAAAAAAUUUUUAGGCGCCACCAGCAAAAGAAAAAACAUCUUGCCCUUUAUCAGUUCCGAUAAAUAUCAUUUCACUGCCAUAUUGUCAGUUCGCAUGACAACCGGCCCCGAUUUUGUGGCUACCAAUUUCACAUUCUUCGAUUGCAACACGUAUAGCUCUUGCACUCAGUGCGUGUCGUCCACAUUUCCAUGCGACUGGUGUGUGGAUGGACACCGCUGCACACAUGAUACGGCCGAAAAUUGCCGCAACGACAUACUCGUGACUGGAGUCAGCCGCAUUGGACCCAGUUUUCGCAGUGGGCCUGGAUUUUGCCCAACUAUCAAUGCCACUGCUGGUGGAUCCACUGAAAUCCUCGUCGCUUCCGGAUUGAAGAAGCAUUUACGCGUCAAAGUGCAUAUUAUUGGGCAAUUCAUAGUUCAAACACGUUUUGUGUGCCAAUUCAACAUAGAAGGAAGAGUAACAAGUGUCAAUGCCCAGUUGCUUGGAGAUACAAUCUAUUGCGACAGCAUGGAGUUCUCCUACACAUCCAGGGCUCCUAAUAUUACAGCAACAUUUGCUGUAAUCUGGGGUGGAUCUAAGCCUCUUGAUAAUCCGGACAAUAUUCAUGUGGUGAUUUAUCGAUGCAGAGACAUGGCUGAUAACUGUGGCAUGUGUUUAGCUCUUGGUGAGAAGUUCGGCUGUGGUUGGUGUCAAAUCACAGAUAGAUGUGAGGUGAAAGAGCAGUGUGAUCAGGGCACGGGAGUGUGGCUCAAUCGAAACCACACGUGUCCCAAUCCAGAGGUGUUGUCAUUCCAGCCCCAACUUGGCCCUUGGGAAGGAGGCACCAAUAUUACAAUCGAAGGCAUCAAUCUGGGCAAAACAUUCAAGGACAUCUACGGAGGCGUAAGUGUGGCUGGACUCUCUUGUCAGCCGUACGAGCACCUUUACGAGAAGACUAAGAAGAUCGUGUGCCGCGUAGACGGUCCCGGCGAACCAAAACCUCGCAAAGGUCCCGUCAUUGUCAAGGUCGAGGACUUUAGAGGCGAAAGCAAGCAGAGCUAUGAGUUCGUCGAUCCAACUAUUGAGGCGAUCACACCGAAAUUCGGCCCACGAUCUGGAGGCACACUCAUCAAAAUUAUGGGCCAAUUCAUGAAUGCUGGGAGCCGUAUUGAAGCUUUCAUCAAUGAUCUUCCGUGCCAUAUACAAUCGACUGCUCCUGAUGAAGCCACUUGCAUCACCAGUGCUUCAGACCGUAGACAUCAUGGUAAAUUGCGAAUGAAAUUCGACAAGGGUGAUCGAUAUUUCGAAAAGGAGCAUUUCGAGUACGUUGAAGACCCUACCAUAGAAUCUGCUGAAUCAGGGGUCGCAUCUCAGGUGAAAAUCCCUAAAGGAAUUCCAGCUGGUGGAAUCAGAAUAUCAGUUUCAGGGAAGAAUCUCGCCUAUAUUCAAAACCCUCAGAUUUACGUGUACUACAAGAACAAGACGUACUUGAAUAAAUGCGUGAUCAGGAGUAACUCGAACAUGGCAUGCGAAUCACCCAAGAUUGAGAUUCCAGCCGACACGGAUUUAGAUGCUGAGCACCCUGAAAAACUAGAAUUUGGAUUCAAAAUGGAUAAUGUGGCCGGCGUUCAAAAUCUGUCAAGCAAGCCAAAUUUUACUUCCUUCCUUUUGUAUCCGAAUCCUAUUUAUGAGAAAUUUGACGAAGAAGUGAAGUAUUACAAGAGUGACUACUUGACCAUCAAUGGACAACAUCUGGAUCGAGCUUGCCAAGAAUCGGACGUAGUUGUGCAGAUUGGCAAUGGCUACUGCAACGUUACAUCACUAUCUCGUCAACAGUUGACUUGCCGACCACCCGCCUACCAGCCCAUGGUACUAGACAGUGAACAGCAAUACAGCGCAUCAAAUAACCUUCCAGAAGUUGUGGUUGUUGUUGGAGGAACUCUCAGGUACAGAAUAGGAAGACUGAGCUACGCUUCACCAACUGAAAUGAGCGGUCCUCUCUCGAAGCCAGCACUCAUUGCAGUUAUAGCUGGCGCUGUUCUCCUAUUCGUCAUUUUCGCUGCAUUCCUCAUAGCUUACAGACGAAAGUCAACUGAGAGUAAUCGUGUUUUGAAAAAUAUGCAAGAACAAAUGGAUAUUCUGGAGCUGAGGGUGGCUGCUGAAUGCAAAGAAGCUUUCGCGGAACUUCAGACCGAAAUGACAGAUUUGACAGGCGAUCUGACAUCAGGUGGAAUACCAUUCCUAGACUACCGCACCUAUGCCAUGAAAAUCCUGUUCCCAAAUAUGGAGGAUCAUGCCGUGCUGCAAUGGGAACGUCCCGAACUGUUGCGCAAAGAGAAAGGCCUUCGUCUGUUUGGCCAACUCAUACUCAACAAAACAUUCCUUUUGCUUUUCAUUCGUACUCUAGAAAGCAAUAGAUAUUUCUCAAUGAGGGAUCGCGUCAACGUGGCCUCACUCAUAAUGGUCACACUACAGAGCAAGAUGGACUAUUGUACUGAUAUUUUAAAAACGUUGUUAGCUGAAUUGAUAGAAAAGUGUAUGGAGGGCAAAAGUCACCCGAAACUUUUGUUGCGGAGGACUGAGAGCGUAGCUGAAAAAAUGCUUUCAGCGUGGUUUACAUUCCUUUUGUACAAGUUUUUGAGAGAGUGUGCUGGUGAGCCUCUCUAUAUGCUAUUCCGUGCCAUGAAACAACAAGUAGAUAAAGGACCCGUGGAUUCUAUUACAUCUGAAGCUCGGUACUCCCUUAGCGAAGAGAAGUUAAUUCGACAAUCAAUCGAUUUUAAACCCAUGACUGUUUUAGUUUCAAUUUCUCAACAGACAGUUUUUGUAACUGGUCUUGAUCCAAACACUGACAAUGUUCCAGUCAAGGUUUUGGACUGUGAUACAAUCUCACAAGUCAAAGAGAAAGCAUUGGAUACAAUAUACAGAGCAACUCCUUACAGUCAAAGACCUCGUAAAGAUGAUCUUGAUGUUGGUAAGUUAGAAGCAGUUUUUUACAAAACCGAUUUUGAAAUUGGUAUGUUCAUCCAAAGAUUAUUCCCUGUAAUUGUACCUGAUGGAGGUUGCCUAAAUUUGGUCUCUAAACAGUCAUCCAUCUACAACCUAUCUAUACUCUCCGAAAAGACUGAUAAGUCGCACAAGUAUGAGACUCUCAACUUGUCCAAAUUUAGUUCAGCCAGUCCUCCUUUGAGCAGAGCCACUUCGCCUCUCAACCACGACCAUGAUGGUGGAAUCAAGUGUUGGCAUUUAGUCAAGCAUCAUGACAACGACGCCCAGAAAGAAGGUGAUAGAGGCAACAAAAUGGUCUCAGAAAUCUACCUGACAAGGCUCUUGGCCACCAAGGGUACCUUGCAAAAAUUCGUUGAUGAUUUGUUUGAGACAAUCUUCAGCACAGCACACAGAGGCAGUGCUCUGCCUAUCGCCAUCAAAUACAUGUUCGACUUUUUAGAUGAUCAAGCGUUACAACACAGCAUAACAGAUCCUGAAGUCGUUCACACAUGGAAGAGCAAUAGCUUGCCGUUGAGAUUCUGGGUGAAUUUGAUAAAGAAUCCAAACUUUGUGUUCGAUAUACAUAAAUCGAAUAUUGUUGACUCUUGCCUAUCAGUGGUAGCUCAAACAUUCAUGGAUUCAUGCUCUACCUCUGAUCAUAGACUUGGCAAGGACUCUCCUAGUUCCAAGUUGCUCUAUGCAAAAGACAUUCCAAUUUACAAAGAAUGGGUUGAGAGGUAUUAUUCAGACAUCAAAGGCAUGUCAGCCAUAUCCGAUCAAGAUAUGGGUGCGAUGCUAGCCGAGGAAUCAAGGCUGCAUUCAAGCGAAUUCAAUACGAAUUGUGCGUUGCAUGAGCUGUACACAUACGCUAUGAAGUACAAUGAACAAUUGAGUGUAACCCUGGAGGAGGACGAAUUCUCUCAGAAGCAGCGAUUAGCGUACAAGCUGGAGCAGGUGCAUAACAUAAUGGUGGCCGAGUCCAAUCCAUAAUAGACAUAGAUACUCAACGUUCUUUGCUCAAUGGUUGUUUUGUGAAGUGAUGGGAAAACAUGACAAGGAGAAUAUUUGCCUGAAGUGCCUCGGUAGUGUGUGCUGCCGCUAGAGGAAUAAUUACGGUCGAGAGAGCUUCGGACACUGCUGCAAGUAACAAAUCAAACUAAAGAAAGAACAAACUCAUAAAAACUAAACAAAAAAAUACCUCCAGUUGCAUUUUUGAUUGAUGUAAUGUAUAUCCGGUGUGUUUGGGUGGCUGUAGAAGUCUCUGAUGAUUGUACUUAAUUAUUUUCUCACGUUCGAUGUUGUUUGGUGCUUGUGCUGUACAUCACAAUCAAAAUAUCUUGGUGUUUGCAAUAUAAAUUCAGAGUUCUUUGUGUUGCAUCGAUAUUUUCGUCGAUGUAGAGUGACUUAUUUACCUGUAGAUUAUCUGUGUCAUGUCAUGUCAUGUUCCGAGUACAAUAAUUGUCAUUCAAAAGCUCCUUUGUGUAAUGUUAAUUGAUGUUCGAUUAGUUUACUCAACAUUUUUACGAGUUAGAUAUUCUAUCCUAUCCGUUUAAGUAUUAAUAUAGUGAUGAAACAAAUAGAUAAACUCGUCAAAUUUAGCUGUAAGAUUUUCUGCACUGCCCAAACAAGCCCCAUAAUUUUGUAUGCAGACCUACUCGGAAGAAUUUAAAUCCUUGUUGUCUGAUAUAGUAAAACACCAUAUCCACUUGAAUCUCUUCAACCAUCGCAACAACCGAAUUUAAUAAUAUUAUUGUCUCAGUGUUUGUGUUUGUUUCAUUGUCAAUGUUUUCUAGUGCCCGUCUACCCGACAUAAAUCAGAUGAGUUCCAUUAAGUCUUCACAUUUAUCAUGAAAUUAAACCUCCUCUUAAGAAAUUAAUAUUCAAUUCUCGUCUAUAAACAUGGUUUAUUUUUAUAAAUUUUGUCAAUAUUUCGUAUAAUUUGUUUAGUGGGCGAUAUUUUUAUAACGUUCAAAUUUAUUUUGUUUAAAGUGUAUCUUUAAUGUAUCCUGAUGAGUGUAAUAAAAAAUGUUCUCGAUUUUUCUGCAUGAGACAAAUUAUUAUUAAAGUAUUAUUUGGUAGCUGACGAAUUUCUUGCAGUCUACGAUAUUUUCACUGAUGUUUUGUUACCUUAAAAUAUGGAUGUUUUAUAUUUAACUAGAUUUGUUAAUUCUCCACAAAUAUUAUGGAACUUGGUAAUUUAAAAUGUUAGUUAUUCAAGACCAUUCAUAUUUUUCAGAGAUCCAUAUAAAUGUAAACUUGAGUUCCUCAUAUUUUCAUCUAAUAGAAAAUAGUGGUUAUUGAUAUUUUUUACUGUCUAGCAUAUUAUAUCUUAUUAUUGUAAAUAUGUACUUAAACUAUGUACGUCAGCAGUGUAGUAUUUUUACCACAAACGAGCUUCUGAAUGAUGGGAUCUGCCUGCAUCAUCAUGUAGUCUUGUUCAAUGUCUUGUUGUGGUUGAAUCCACCUUAUUCAGUCCUUUGGAAUUGAAUGUUAUUAACACAUUUGUCUAAACCUAACCUAAAUAUUAAGCUAAAUAUUCAGCUCCAAACAAAUAUAGGUAAUACAUUUUCUACUUUUAUGUGAUGUCUUCAAUGUUGUAAUCUAAUGAAUGUUAGCCGAAUAAUUUUUUUCUUAUUUGUGCGUUUUUGUGCUUGUCUUUCAUUUUGUGUCGGAUGUUGAUAUAAAUGUAUUAAAAUAAUCCAAUUACAUGGAAGGGCAACGAACUGUGGAAGCUGAUUAUCCACAAUAUAAAUUUUAGAAGAACGCCAGAUCCUGGUUGUUUCUAAGAAUCUACGGGUAUUUUCUUAGGAUAAUUGUAAAUCAGGUUAUUGUUGUUCGACGUGUUGCAUCUUUAUGUUUAGCUCCCAAUUCCUCAAUAAUAAUAAAACUCUAUACUUUCAAAUUAGCUUUAGAUGUUCUAGCUUAGAUCCCUUAUUUUUCUAUAAAAAUAAAUUGUAAACACUAUUAAAACUAAUUGUGUAGCAUUUGUGGCAUCCUGUUCAGCGUAGUUGAAUUGAAUAUUUGUUGAGCAUGCAUUUAAAAUAAUGUCUGCCAGUUCUCAAUUUUGUUAUAAUAUUUUAAUCAUUUCUCAGCUUUUAUGUUGGUGGGUGAUUUUAGUUGCUGUUAUCAAAGCAAUAAAUAAAUUAGAUGUGAUAUAACGGUCCAUUGUUAUUAUUUGAUGUAUCGUUCAAAAUCUGGACAUCUAUUAGAUAUAAUAUAUGUUUUAUAUUUCCAUGUCAUUUUGAGUUGAGAAAUUGAUAUAGAUUUUGAUAAUUCCAAUUCUCAGGUUUAGCAGUUAAUGAUGUUACUCAUUUCCACCUUAUUUCAUAUUUAUUCAACAAAUUGAAAAAUGUGCAACUCUUGUGUGCAUUUCAAGUAUACUUUUAUAUUCUAAGUGAAGACUUCAAAACUUACAGUCUGAAAUAAUUUUUAAAACGAAUUCUAAAAUUUUUUAGCUGAUUAUAAUUUUGUAUAGUAGCAAUUUCACAAUAGACAAACCAAUAUUGUACAUACAUAUCCGCAAGAAAGAUUAUAAAUUCAAUUGAAUUUUCAAAUUAGGAAUUGGAGAUCUGUACAAAAUAACAUAAGAGCUGAAACUUGAUUACAAAUAAAUAAUAGGCUACAAUAAACAAUAUAUUAUAUGUAUAGACACGUGUAAAAUAUAAAUAUUAUUUGUCCUAUCUAGUGUUUACUACUUAUUGUUGUUAUACGUGUCUCCUGCACAUGCCAUCUGUGUUUAUUACGUAUUAACUGUGAUUUAUAUACAUUGUUCAAUAAGGACUGACUGUGUUUUUAUAUAAUAUAAUAUAUAUAUAAUGGUGAUGAUACAUACAAUAUAUAAUUUGGUAUUAAUUUCUCCUCCCAGAAUCUGCAAGGCAUUUCGUGUUUUGCUAAUCAGUUAACAAUAGAUGAUAAAUGUUAGUAAUCUCGAAAUAUUCCAUCUCCUUCAAUGUUUACAUCACAGAUUCGAUUAUACUAAAGUCUUAUUACGUAGAUCCACUGCUUUCAUGCCAGUGUUCAUCCAUAAUAUAAUAAUUAAUUCCAUCACAAAUGUGUAUGGUAGAGUAAUUUAUAAAUAUAUUUAUUUUUUUGAAAUUUAAUUUAUUGCAUUAUCUUCUAUAUUAUUUUACUCUUAUCAUUAUUGUAAUUACGAUUACAAUUUAAUUGAUAUAGAUUGAAUUCUGAAUGCUCCUUAAUUUUAAUUUGUCACACUGAGUAUCCAAUUUUUAUUCAUUUCAACUUCCUAAAUAUAUUCAUUUUUUGUUUUUUUUUUAGUUCUUUCUUUUCCCAAAAAAUAAGGGUUAGGUUUGAAAUGGAAAAAAGUUUAAAAAGUGUGAGACAUUCUUGGCCUGGAAACUUAUUCGAUUAAGUUUUGGUUGAAAGUAAUUCAUCACUUGCAUUUCAUUUGCGUUUCAAUACUCUUCAAGUUUACCAUUAAUGCUUAUUGAUAGAACUUAUAACCGAUAUCUACAACUGAGAUGGAAAUUCGAACUAAAUACUUUUAGAAGUUCUAUCUAUCAUAUUAACAGAGACAAAUUUAUGAAAACAAAAGUAAACAACCUUUUAUUCGACCUUACAAUUCUAUGUAUGAAAAUUAUAUCCGGCUCAAGGCAACAUAAUUUAUCAAAUUAUUCGCAGAACUGAACAGAUUUCGACCUAUUAUUAUUAACACAGUUAUUAAUCCUAGUGUACCGCAUCAUAUACAUGUCAAUGCCCUUGAAGAGUAUUGUAAUAGACCAGAUAGUCCAAGAAUUCAAUACAAAAUCAUAUAUAUGAUUGUAUGAUAUAGUAGCAAAAAUACUAUUUCAUGUACGUAUUCCUAAUACAGCUGUAUAUGUAUGUAUGUGUCAGCAAUCAUCAUUAUUAAUAAAUUCCUUACAUGUUCACGUUGUGUAACUUGUUAUCAAUAUUGAUGUGUGUGAAUAUUGAUGUAUAUGUGAAUAUGUGUGUCACCAUUUUUCGAGGACCAAGCAGUCGAUCGAUUGAGUCUUUGUAUGCCUUCUGUUCUCAUCUAUUUUUGACGCAUCAAGUGAAAAUAGCUGCUGGAUUAAUUGUUUAAUGAAACAGAAAAUUCAGUUGUAGUGUGUUAACUUGUGAGUCUUGUAAUUUCUAAAAACUAACAAAAUCCGAAACUAUAUCAAUAAUCAUCACAAUAAUUGCUGUUACAAUAGUAAUGUAUUGUUACUAAGUAUCAGAAGUAUUCCCAAAUUAAUUAUUAUCCUCUUGACUCAUUGAACAUAAAAUUGAUAUUGUGUCGCACAUGUAUAUAUGUAUGCAUGUAAAUAUACAUGCAUACAUGUGUAUAUAUUAUAUAAAUAGUAAUAAAGUUUAUUUCGCUUCGGAUGUUGAAUAAGUCAGUCACGUCAUAUGACCUCAUAUGAGUGUAUGUGUGGAUUUGUGUGUCAGUUGUUGGUCCCCCCCACUACCACACACAGAUUGAUAAAUAUAUAUAUAAUUUCAUUGUAUGGAUAUGCUCAGUGUUUUGUCACUAAAUGAAAGCAAUUUUUCAUGCAAA